AUGGAGGGCCACGGGGUGCCGUGGGGAAGCGGGCCCGUCUCGGGUCCGGGCCCGGGAGGCGGCGGAAUGAUCCGCGAGCUGUGCCGGGGCUUCGGUCGCUACCGCCGCUACCUGGGGCGGCUGAAGCAGAACCUGCACGAAACCCAGAAGUUCUUCCGCGACAUCAAGUGCUCCCACAACCACAGUUGUCCCUCCUCCCCCACGGGCGGCGGCGGCGCCGAGCCCGGUUUGCAGGCGGGCCAGAUGAGCUGCAUUUCCUUCCCACCUAAGGAGGAGAAGUACCUCCAGCAGAUUGUGGACUGCCCUCCCUGCAUAUUGAUCCUGGGCCAGGAUUGCAGUGUCAAGUGCCAGCUGUUGAAUCUGCUCUUGGGGGUGCAGGUGCUUCCCACCACCAAGUUGGGCAGUGAGGAGAACUGUAAACUUCGGCGCCUCCGCUUCACCUAUGGAACUCAGACUCGGGUCAGCCCUGCGCCCCCUGGACAGUAUAAAUCAGUGCACAUGCUGGUCGCUCACCAAGGCAACUGGGAGACCGUCCCCGAGGAGGAUCUGGAGGUUCAAGAGGACAGUGAGGAUGCUGCUCAUGUUUUAGCCGAACUGGAGGUGAUGAUGCACCAUACUCUCUUACAGGAAGUGGACAUUGUGGUAGCACCAUGCCAAGGCCUCCGGCCUACAGUGAAUGUUCUGGGAGACCUGGUGAAUGAUUUCUUGCCUGUGAUAACCUAUGCACUCCAUGAAGAUGAACUCUCUGAGAGGGAUGAGCAAGAGCUUCAGGAAAUCCGAAAGUAUUUCUCUGUUCCCAUAUUCUUUUUUAAAGUGCCAAAGCUGGGCUCGGAGAUAAUAGACUCCUCCACCAGGAGAACAGAGAGUGAAAGAUCACCACUUUAUCACCAGCUAAUUGACCUGGGCUAUCUGAGCAGCAGUCACUGGAACUUUGUGGCUCCUGGCCAGGACACUAAAGCUCAGAGCAUGCUGGUGGAACAAAGUGAGAAGUUGAGACACUUGAGCACGUUUUCUCACCAGGUGCUACAGACUCGCCUGGUAGAUGCAGCCAAGGCCCUGAAUCUGGUGCACUGUCAUUGCCUUGACAUCUUUAUUAACCAGGCCUUUGACAUGCAGCGGGACCUGCAGAUUACUCCCAAACGUCUGGAAUAUACUAGAAAAAAGGAGAAUGAGUUGUAUGAGUCAUUAAUGAAUAUUGCCAACCGAAAGCAGGAGGAAAUGAAGGAUAUGAUUGUUGAGACACUUAAUACCAUGAAAGAGGAACUUCUGGAUGAUGCUACCAACAUGGAGUUUAAAGAUGUCAUUGUCCCUGAGAAUGGAGAACCAGUGGGCACCAGAGAGAUCAAAUGCUGCAUCCGGCAGAUCCAAGAACUCAUCAUCUCCCAGCUUAAUCAGGCAGUGGCUAACAAGCUGAUCAGCUCAGUGGAUUACUUACGUGAGAGCUUUGUUGGAACCCUGGAACGGUGUCUGCAGAGCUUGGAGAAGUCUCAGGAUGUCUCAGUUCACAUCGCCAGUAAUUAUCUCAAACAGAUCUUAAAUGCCGCCUAUCAUGUUGAAGUCACAUUUCACUCAGGGUCCUCGGUUACAAGGAUGCUGUGGGAGCAAAUCAAGCAGAUCAUCCAGCGUAUCACAUGGGUGAGCCCACCUGCUAUCACACUAGAAUGGAAAAGGAAGGUGGCCCAGGAAGCCAUUGAGAGCCUCAGUGCCUCCAAGUUGGCCAAGAGCAUUUGCAGCCAAUUCCGGACCCGGCUCAAUAGUUCUCAUGAGGCUUUUGCAGCCUCCUUGCGGCAGCUGGAAGCUGGCCACUCAGGCCGACUGGAGAAGACUGAAGAUCUAUGGCUGAAGGUUCGGAAAGAUCAUGCCCCCCGCCUGGCCCGUCUUUCUCUGGAGAGCCGUUCUUUACAAGACGUCUUGCUGCAUCGUAAACCUAAACUGGGACAGGAACUGGGCCGUGGCCAGUAUGGUGUGGUAUACCUGUGUGACAACUGGGGGGGACACUUCCCUUGUGCCCUCAAGUCAGUUGUCCCUCCAGAUGAGAAGCACUGGAAUGAUCUGGCUUUGGAGUUUCACUACAUGAGGUCUCUGCCGAAGCAUGAGCGACUGGUGGAUCUCCAUGGUUCAGUCAUUGACUACAGCUAUGGUGGUGGCUCCAGCACUGCUGUGCUACUCAUUAUGGAGCGGCUACACCGGGACCUCUACACAGGGCUGAAGGCUGGGCUGACCCUGGAGACACGUUUGCAGAUAGCACUAGAUGUGGUAGAGGGGAUCCGCUUCCUGCACAGCCAGGGACUUGUCCAUCGUGAUGUCAAACUGAAAAAUGUGCUGCUGGACAAGCAGAACCGUGCCAAGAUCACUGAUUUAGGAUUCUGCAAACCGGAGGCCAUGAUGUCAGGCAGCAUUGUGGGGACACCAAUCCAUAUGGCCCCUGAACUUUUCACAGGGAAGUAUGAUAAUUCAGUGGAUGUCUACGCUUUUGGGAUUCUUUUUUGGUAUAUCUGCUCAGGCUCUGUCAAGCUCCCUGAGGCAUUUGAGAGGUGUGCUAGCAAAGACCAUCUUUGGAACAAUGUGCGGAGAGGGGCCCGUCCAGAACGUCUUCCUGUGUUUGAUGAGGAGUGCUGGCAGUUGAUGGAAGCCUGUUGGGAUGGAGACCCCUCUCAGAGGCCUCUCUUGGGCAUUGUCCAGCCCAUGCUCCAGGGGAUCAUGGACCGGCUAUGCAAGUCAAAUUCUGAGCAGCCAAACAGAGGACUAGAUGAUUCUACUUGAAAGCAAAUACCUUUCUCUUUCACUCUCUAUUUCUUUCCUUCCCCUCACCUUUUGCCUGUGGGGAGAAUUUAACAUUUAUUCAUUAUAGGGAGCUCCUGAGAGAACUGGUACUUG